UUCCCUCUCAUUAGGAAAGAUCUGGAUCACCUGCUACAGGCCCGAAAGUUAAAUGUCUUGGGUGGGGGAGGAGAUGGCAGGACUUGUCUGUUUUGGUCAGAGGGUGCAGUAUUGCUGGAUUUGCUCAGUUCCUGCAGUUUCCAGAUGGGUAUUUCCAAAGGCCUUGGACCCCUCAAUAUGUACUUGGGCACUGAGGAAGGGGUCUCCUUUCAGACAGACAAUGAGCUGUUCUUGUGCUCGAAUUGUAACGGUAAGCAGUACCUGAUCUAUGCCCGAGACAUGAAGGACCUUGGCAGCAAGUUUCGCAUCUCCGUGCUCCCAAAUGGCAAGGUCCUGCUGCAGGAUUUCCGAGAUAUGUAUGUCAGCUGGAUGAAUUGUGAAGGCACAAUCUACUUGGAGACAGAGAAGAGCACCCCAGAUGAACUUUGUGAGUUUGAUGUGUUCAAUGAUGGGGAGAAGGUUCUGUUUAAAGCCUCCAAUGGCCUCUACGUAUGCCGGACAUAUCGACACCAUGGAGACAACAUUGAAGCCAGUCGUUCUGCCAUGGAUGACUGUUGCCGGCUACGUCCUGGUCUGGGGGACAUGUAUGCCCCUUGUUUUGAUAUCUCGGACAUUGAAUUGAAUGAUGUCUCUAAGCUCAUCUGCCGCCCAUGUGUGCUUAAGAAAGAGACCUUCGUCAACAAGACGGAUGUUGCUCAGAGCCAUGGUUUCACUCUUAGUUGGGAGACCCGAACCACAGAUACUACUCAUUGGGAAACAACUUGGGGCCUGAACACCACCUUUUCAGCUUCAUUCUCUGUCCUGGGCUUUCAAGCAAACAUAACCUAUAAUGGUACGUUCCAGAAAGUCGCCACCGCCAGCAGGUCUAUUGUGGAGAAGAGAAGCAUCACAGUCGAUGUCCCACAGCACAGUAAAGUCACUGCUCAGUUAGUUGUUUCCAAAAUGGAAAAUGCAUCAAUCCCUUUCACUGCCUUCAUCCGCAAGACAAAAGUCAAUGGAGAAACUGUUGCUUUGGAAGAAAAGGGGGUAUGGAAGGGGCUUGUGUAUGAUACUGUAACUCUGGAGACCAAGCAGGACCCUAAUGGGGAUUUUGAAUAUACAUGCCGAGCACUUUAAAACUAGGGUGCCAAAACACCGCUGAUAGACCAGAAAGUGUCACUCCUGCUAAGAGUAAAUAUAUAAUUCUUAGUGUGACCAUUGUCGCUGCUGCCUUGCGCGUUACUAUGGUAGACUUGGCCUUGUUGACCACUUUUAUGGCCACUGUCUGUACUAGAACGCGUCUUGCUUUUGGACAUUUCAGUCUUCACUGGAGUUUAGGCCCCCCCCCCCCCCCAUCUUCAACUUCUGUCUGAGUCCACCAUCAACAACCAUGGCUGAAUACUUUCCUUACAAUCUCUCUCUUCUCAUGACCGGGGUGAUAAUUCUAGGUUUCUCACAUUGUUGGGCUACUGCUGUUUUUGAGUAGAUUGGCACUAGUGGGUUAUCACAGUACCCUUCACAGGGAUUCUAAAACAAACUCUCUCGUAUUUAACAAUAAAUC